CAACUGCGGAUUGCGUUGCUGUUCGGUAUCCCAGGGAGCAGUGUUGGCGCAAGCACCUGAUAAUCCACAACACCGACGGUCUGGGCGAGGAGUCGCCAAGCUGCGAGGUUUAAUCUUGACCUUGAUCAUCCGAUGGACACAUAAUCACCUAGAUAGUCGCCUGCUUGAAUUUGUUCUUCCAUCACGCGACGAGAAGAGUUUCGAUACUUGUUAUUCUCCAACGCUUGCAUUCGAUUCAUUUUGGAUAUGGCUAAAUCAGCGUCGCCCACGGCAAAUACUUCAGCCGAGCUGAGUUCAGACCCCGCUGCAUCACCAGCACAUGGUGGGAUCACGAUCGAAGCAGCAUCAUUGGAAGUUGAUGAUAACUCUAGCACGAUUGAUGAUUCAUCAACUAUUGAGGACCGACUCUCUUCAUACACCGCAUCCCUUUCGUCAAGCGUGAUAGACUAUCCAGAGGAGUACGGGCGCCGAUAUCAUGCGUUCCGAGCAGGUUCAUACAACUUCCCAAAUGAUGAGAGAGAAAUGGACCGCCUCGAUUUGUCGCAUUUGGUCGUUGUUAAGACGAUUGGCAACAGAUUCUUCCUCGCCCCUGUUGACACUGAAACGACGCAUCGAAUCCUUGACGUUGGGACCGGCACCGGAAUUUGGGCCAUCGAGGUUGCCGACUUGUUCCCAACUGCGGAGAUCAUCGGAAAUGACCUGAGCCCGAUCCAACCUGAAUGGGUGCCUCCGAACGUCAAAUUCGAGGUCGAUGAUGUCGAAUGCGCAUGGAUUGUCAACAAGAAGUACGAUUUCAUCUUCUCACGGGGUAUGGCAGCCUCGAUAGGAGACUGGCCGAGAUUAGUCCGAAGAAUAUACGAAAACUUAGCCCCAAACGGGUGGGCUGAGUUCGAAGAUAUGAGUGUGAUCUAUGGAUGCGACGACGGAACCGUCACUGAAGACCUCGCCCUCAUGAAAUGGGCUCGUCUGUUUGCUGAAGCUUGCCAGAAGCUUGGACGCGAAGACUCGCCGGGUCCCAAGCUUGAGGAUUGGGUCCGUCAAGCCCCUUUCAAGAAUGUCGUUCAUCAACACUUCAAGAUCCCUCUUGGCCCAUGGCCCAAGGACGCUCAUAACAAAGAUGUCGGGAUGUGCAAUCUGGCUCAAACACUUGAAGGGCUUGAUGCCUUCACUUUGAAACUUUUUAUCGGUGUUCUUGGGUGGACUAGAGAAGAAGUGGUUGUGCUGUUGGCCCAAGUUCGCAAAGACUUGAAGAAUAGCGCCAUUCAUGCAUAUCUGAACUAUCACGUUGUCUACGGGCAGAAAAUUGAAGUUGAAGAGGAAAGAGCUGCGGAGGACUAAGUUUUAGCAUAAUGUUAUUGGCAUGAGACACGCAGCAGAGGUGGAUGGAGUGAGUUGGACCAAAACUGGAAUGAUCAAGAGGUUAAAGGUGGUGGAUUAUCGUCGGAGAAAGUAAUUAGAAGAGAAGUAGAAAAGCUGAAACCUCAUAUGCGAG